CCAGUGGUGCUGACAUGGCAGGCAUUGGUGGAUAUGGCUUGUCCUCUUCCUGUUACUUCUUGUCCUCGUCAUCGAUGCCCCCCCCAUCCCAACCUUUCGGUUGUUGAAAAUGAUGACCACUGCUGCUGCUGCUGCUGUCGGAUAUGCAAACGGUGGCUGGCCAAUGUCCCAACGCAGGUCGUCUCGACUGGGUGAACAAGAGAUAGCAAGGGGCAGAGACUGUGAGAGAGGAGGAGUUGCGGAUGGAGGGAGGAGGAGUAGUAGCCUUCUUCUUGCUCCACCUCGGGAGGGUGUUGGUGACAGGAGGGUAGUGGCCGUUGGGGUGGAAAAGAAGAUGGCGCACGCUCUUAGGUUCAAACUGCCCUGGCUCAAACUGCCUUUUCUGUUGUCGUCAGGCAUAUCCAUCCGAACCAGUGUGUACGUGCUGGUGAUGUUAGCUGUGGUGUGGUUGUUGAUUUUUGAGGAUGGUGAUUGCAGAAUGAACGUCUUGUGUAGGUGGGAUGUACGGAACUCGUCGUUUUUUGACUUUCCAUCCGCUUCGGAUGUUUCUCGCUCUUCGUUCUUACCUUCUUCCUCCUCCUCCUCUUCUUUGCAGGUGACUGGCACGGGUGGGGAGCACCGGGGCCGUGAUGACGGUAGUGUGUGUAAUGCAUGGUUAGCAUGCAGGUUACGUCAUCCGUAUGGGUUUGCGGAUUUUCCGGCUAGGGAUCCCCCCCCGAGGAGAAAAUCUCGCAACAGGGAUGGUGUUGGUAGAGGACUCCGAGAGGGAGACAGUCCAGGGCGAGGAACUGGAGAUGGUGCUGGAGGAGGAGGAGGAGGAGGAGGAGGAAGAAAACAGACGGUACGCAGAGGCGAGACAGGCACCGGAGCCCCGGACGUUACGCUCGGCGUUAAUAACAAGACCGACAUAGCUGAUGACAGCAAUGGUGCAGCAAAUAUGACGAGCAUUGCGACUGGCGUAGAGGGGAAGAAGAGGGGGGCACAGUCUGUUUCGGCUGGCAUAGAGGGGAAGAAGAGGGAGGCACUGUCUUCCCUCCCCCCCUCGAUUGAUAGUGGUGGUAAGGCUAAAAAUAGAAGUAAGGGUAGUAGUGAGAACAACUGGGCGCAGUGGCCGCCUUACUCGACGUCAUCGCUUCUCCAGUCUGGGAUGAAGAUGCCUUCUCUCGAACACUUCUUCAUCUCCGCCGAUCUGUUUGCUGCCCGUGCGAUUAAUCGGACGGUUAUCCUCACUUACGGCAAUUCCGGCUCGUGGGAUUUUCUGAUCAACUGGGUGAUGCAUGCCGAGCGAGCGAAGAUCUCCAACUACUUCGUCGUUGCUUUGGAUAUGGCGGUGCUGCAUGAUUUCUACGGUUGCGGCGUACCUGUGGCCAUUCUGCGCUCGAUACCGCUGGCGCUAUCUAAGUGCUCUUCGGCGGCAUGGGGCACAGUGAGCUUCAAGAAACUGCAGGCAACUAAACCACGGAUCAUCCUCGAGACGUUGGAGGCCGGGUUCGAUGUGCUGAUGUCGGAUGCGGACCAGGUGUGGCUGCGUAAUCCCCUCUCCUUCUUCUCUGCACACCGUCUGCCGGAUCUGCUCAUUUCCACCGACUGCUAUCUGAUACCUGACAAGUUCGAUGCUCAACUCUUUCGCGAGGGCAGAGAUCGUAUGGCGUCGCUCGACAGCAAACGAUGGGCUUAUUGCAAUGCCCGUAAACCCGUGUUUAACGUUGGCUGUAUGAUGCUUCGGAGGCGGUCUGCGAUCUUCGAUAUCGUCCGCGAUUGGGAGAGUUGGAUAGUGGCGCAUCCAACGGAGUGGGACCAGUCUGUCUUCAACGAAUUGCUAAGGAAGACGAUACCCCGUGAGUCGACCAUGGUUCGAACCUCGGAAGGCAUAUAUUACCAUGCCUACGAUGGGACCUUGUUACUGGCCUCCCUCCCCCAGGGGCUGUUUGCAAAUGGGCAUGCUUACUUCACAGAGGGCUUGUCCGAGGCAGUGGACAUGGGACUGUACGAAGUACCGUACGUGGUCCACGCAAAUUUCAUCUUUGAUGCUAAGGUGAAGCGGCGGCGACUGCGGGAGGUGCGCUUGUGGGAUGCAGACCUGCCUUCUUACUACUACGUCGGAGAUGGUGAUCACGAACACGAUGGCAUUGAAAAUGAGGAUCACGAUGACGGUGGCGGUAACGAUGACGAUGAUGACGAUGCUGGUAAGGAGGGUGGUGACGCCGGUGGUGGUGGUGGUGGUGGUGGUGGUGGUGGUGGUGGUAAUGCUGGUGAUGACGAGCAGGAUGAUGGUGUUCAAAGGGAAGCAAUGGGGAAGAUGGCAUCCAGUUCUAAGAUGCAGAUUAUAAGCCUGGAAAGAGAAGGGAGGAAAGAGGAGGGUGGGGGGAUGCUGGAACGAAAUCGGGAAGGUACGGGAGGGAGAAAGAGAUCAAGCAAGAGGAGAGUGGGGAUGAGGAAGAGGAGGAGGAGGAGGAGGAGGAGGAGGAGUGGGUAUCUGUCGUACAGGGACACUCUUUCUCUCACGUUGAUUGAUGCUGCGGGUCAUGAUUCUGACUACAACAAUCUUGCCCUGGAAAUCCAGAUGCGGUGGCUGCGCACCGCUCUGGCGGUUGCCCAUGUGCUCGAUCGCAUACUUGUCAUGCCCGUUCUACGCGGCAAUUGGGAAGGCCCUAAAGCGAUGGCUGCGGUUCUGCCUAAUACGCAACGGGCGUGGACGGAUUUUUUCUUCCGUUACGACUUGCCUGAGGUAGAGGAAGUUUUGGACGACGUCAUCCGAGACAGCGGCUUCUUGCGCAGCCGCUGGCUGCCACCUGACGUACUUCACUCCCGCAUCAUCGUGAGGGUCGGUGAUCGAUUGCACCAGCGCCGGGACACCUACCUGUCGGUCACGAGUGAGGAUGCCGUGGUGAGUACGGCCGCGGCCACAGACGGUUUCGACGCUGCCGUUGAUAAGGGUACUAUUAGAUAUCCGAAAAGGCGUAAUCGUCGCUGGAGAAGUCAGGUGCCUGUACCUACCAGAAGAGGCGAUGUAGAUGAAUAUGGGGAUGGAAGUGGAGAUGCUGAAUGUCUAUGGAUCGGGGGCAGUAGCCGAGGCGGCGUUGACGGUGGUGGCGACAGCAAAGGAGGAGGAAGAGGAGGGGAGAGGGAGGGAGUGGAGAAGGGGGCAAGAGAUGGAGAAGAAGGGGAGAAUGGGAGCGAGAGUUGGGUUCGAGUUGUCUCGAUCGGAAAAAAUCUGACAGACGUUCAGUUAGAGGUGGUUCUUGGAAAAUAUGACCACGUUAAGUUGAUUGAAUUCGAGACGAUGGAGGGAGUCUUUGCUGGAUUCGCAUCGCAGAAGGAGAUGGACCUCUUCAAUCACACGAUGGCGGCUGUAUUACAGAGAAGGGACACAAAAUCCCCGUUCUUUCAUUUCCCCCCUUAUUGGUAGCUCCUCAAGGAAAAUUCAAUUCCUACCUUUUUUAUUCUCUGUCACUUCAGUCCCCCUUUAUAAUCAGUUCGUCUUGAGUGUGCAUGCCGAUCUGCUGAUCCGCGGAUCCACCGAUCUGCCUGAUUUGCCAAUCUGCCAAUUCGCCAAACCGCUAAUCUGCAGAUCUGUCCAUCUGCUGAUCUGCCGAUCUGUUGAUCUGCCAAUCUGUCGAUCUGUCGAUCUGCCGAUCUGCUGAUCUGCUGGUCUGCUGAUCUGUCGGUCUGCCAAUUUGUCGGUCUCCGGAUCUGUCAGUCUGCCGAGCUUUCAAUCUGCUGAUCUGUCGAUCUGCCGAUCUGUCGAUCUGCCGAUCUGUCGAUCUUCCAAUCUGGCGAUCUGUGGAUCUGCCGAUCUGUCGAUGUGAUGAUCCGCCCAUCUGCCCAUCUGCUGUUCUGCCCAUCUGCCCAUCUGCCCAUUUGCCCAUCUGCCCAUCUGCUAAUCUGCCGAUCUGCUGAUCUGCCACCGCCCAUCUGCCCAUCUGCUGUUCUGCGAUUCUGCCAAUCU